CCACAACUUCUGCAGUAUCAGGCGUUAUGGAUGUGGAAUAUAUUGCUCAACUCAGACCCUCAAAGAGUCCCAGCAAUGCGGAUACUAUUGGUUUCAAUAUCCCAAGGCCAAGAUGCUGUCUAUUGUCUUUAUUCUUGCACUCGUCCUCUGGCAUAUCCGAACAGCAGUCGCUCAGAAUCCCAGCGUCAUAGACAGUUUGGAGAUCGAUUCGCCAACAACUGGGUUUAGCAUUGUGCCCGACAGUAGCCGCAUUUUCCUCCUGUAUAACCGCUUCGAUGGCUCGACUGGACCGCUGCUCGUUGAGCGCUACGAGAACAACUCCUUCGUCCCAUAUCCAAGUAAUGCCUGGAAUUCUUUCGAGAGCACUCGAGACGCGGCCAAUACAUUUGUCAAUGUCGCUGCCCAACGAAUCGGUCCUGAUGGCCAGUUAUGGGUGCUUGACAAUGGUCUCGCCAGCAACGGAACCCUUCAUCCUGCCGGUGCGAAGCUGGUCACGAUAGAUAUCUCAACGAACAAAGUGACCCGUAUCUAUCCAUUUGCGGACUUGAUUGCUCCUUCCAGCCUUCUCGAUGACUUCCGGUUUAAUAGGCGCAUAGCAUACCUUACCGAUGCAGGAGCCGCCAGCAUCAUAGUGAUAGACCUAGUCACAGGUACCGGGCGACGACUCCUAGAAAACCAGCUGGCGCUCAAACAAUACAUGCCCACGUCAGGGGAGGGCAGUCUGAUGCGUAACUCUACGGGCGGAUUUAACUUCAUCUAUGUCGACCAACUUGAAGUUUCCCCGGAUGGGCAAUAUCUCUACUUUCAGCCCACAGCAGGAGGCAUGUCACGCAUCCCUACCAAGUACUUGAACCAGGCACUGCGCAACACCUCGUUUCCCGACAUUGAACUGGAAAAAUGGAUCCAGCCGUUCUCGCAUACGCCUUCAACCGGCAGCACGGCCAUCGACGCCAGAGGCAACAUCUACCUGAGUGACACGGACCGCCAGAACAUCUUGAGAAUAUCCCCCGACGGGAAAUCGGAGAUUUUUGUACAUGAUUCUCGUCUUCUCUGGGUGGACGGAAUGUGGCUUGAUGGGCGGAACCGACUGUGGCUUCCAGCUGCCCAGUUCAAUCGUGCCAUGCAGUGGCAUAAUGGAACGAGUCAGAUUGAGAAGCCGAUAAGGAUCUUUACGGUCGAGGUUGAUGUUGGACCGUCGCCUCUUGACCAUGCUUAGUACGACUGAUGACUGCUUGAUGUGGCGGGAAAAUGGUGUACAGUAGUGUCAAUUCCAGAAAGAUCGCGGCACAAAGGCUUGCCGUCUCGCAGAUUUGUAUCCAAUAUUGACUCUACGUAAUCAUCAAAACCGAAUAUGAAGCACUCCGG